AUGAAAUAUUUUCGUUACUUUCGUAGUUGGAUGUACCAUAGAACGUUACCAGGCAGACGUGGACUUACGGCAAAUUUUGAGGAAGGAGUUAAGGGGUUUAUCGCGUGGGCAUUUGCACAAGAAUGUUGUCGACGUGAGGGAAGAGUGAGAUGUCCUUGUCUUAAAUGUGAAUGUAGACGUAUAAUUAGUGACCCAAAGGAAGUAGAACGUCAUUUGAAGAGGAAGGGUUUCAUUAAAUAUUAUUGGGUUUGGACAUAUAAUGGAGAACAACUGCCGAGUAACGUACAUGCAGAGACAACUAAUACAGACGCAUCAAGCAGUCGAUCACAUAUGGAAUUUGAUGAACAAUUUAAUCUGAUCGAUGAAAUGGUUGGUAAUGCAUUUGGAGUAAAUAUGACAUAUGAUGAACCUCAGGACUUUGAUGGUGAAGAGUUGCCGAAUGAGGAAGCACAAAGAUUUUACCAAUUGUCAUGCAUUGUUGCACCGACUCAAGAAAUACUUCAUUUGCGUAACUUAUCUAGAGGGCUUGUUCAAAGAGCAAUUGAAUGGCACACAUACUUUGUGAACGGCUAUAAAUUUCACACCUAA